UUUAAAUCCUAUCACACUACAAAUUAUUAUUUAUUAUUUAGUACAUUUCUUAGUUGAUAAUGUUUGGUUUUACAGUAAAAAUUUCUGAUUCAAAAUAUAAUCGCAUAUGUUCAAUGAUUAAUAAAUGUGUUGAGAAUGAUUUCUGAUGUUGACGUAAAACAUUCAAAUAUCAAAUUUAAACUCCAGAGAUUAUAUAUUUUAGUCUCCAUAUAUUCAAAUUUAACGGAACAAUCUGAAACGUUAAAUAAUUUAAAUAUUGAGCAGUCUGAUAUCGAGGCAUACUUUAAGUCCAACAUUAUUUUACAAUAUGGAAUCCUUGGUUAUGUCGGAUUUCCUUUCAAAGUAGUACAAUUUGACAAUGUAAAUAAUUCUUUCAUAAUUGAAACCAAUAAUGAUUGUUUGACAAAGUUACAGUUAAUUAUUUCAAACCAAUUUCCUGCACUUUGCCCAGUUGAUUUUUCAUCUAACAUACUAAAUUCAAAGCUAGAAUACAAAUUCAAAAUAUUGAAAUUUAACAACACCUUAUCAUCAUUAAUUCAUGAUGAUUUUGUUCUCAACACAUCUUAAUUUUAUUCAUUCAUUA